AAAUGCAAAAGUGGGAUGAAAAAUCACGCAAUAGAAUUUAUACUGGAACACUUUUAUCCGUCAGCGCUGGUGCAACUUGCGGUGGAUUAGUUGCAUUCUUUUAUAAUCGAUCUUUCUUUCGUUAUACAAUUGCUACAGGAAUUAAUUGUGGAAUCUUUGGUCUUUCAUUUUUUAGCAUUCGAGAAUUAUGUUUAGCGCAUCAACAAAAAAAUAAACUAAGAAAUUAUAAUAUACGAAGCACAAAUGAGCUCAUCAGUAGUAUUAUUGCUGGUGGUUUGACUGGUGCUCCUCAUGAGCUUCAUUGUAUUCACUCAAGAUGGUCGACAAGGUCUUCUCCCUAG